UCAGCACCAUACUAUGCUGCUCUGUUGGUGCCAGGAAUAGUCCCGGUAACACAAGCCACAUUAACCGGGCUUACAGUGACCGAGUCUCCCUUGAUCGGAUUUUCCGCUCAGAAUUUACUUGAUUUUGCUGCUUAGGCAUGUUGCUACUUUGUAGAAGUAGUUAUAUGUGAUGUUUUUUGGGGUAGACUCGUUUUGGAGUACACUUUUACGCACUGAAGUUGAGAGUAGAUUACGUUAGAGAGUGUUAAGGGUUUAGUGUUUGGGUUAUCACUUUCCCCCUGGACCUUCCUUAAUGGUGAACGCCGGCGCUAUGUUUUCACUCUUCUACGGAUUGUUGUGUUUUUGUGCGCUGGGCUGCAGUCAACUAGCGAGCGGCCAGGCGGACGAUGGAAAGCGGUUCAUCUGCCGGGCUAUACCCCUCAGCGGCGAUGCCAGUUGCCCUGUGACACUGUUACCCGAGCUAAACGCCGGGAGCCAGGAAGAGGAGCUCAGAAACACUGUCAUGCAACUUCGAGAGACAAUUUUACAGCAGAAGGAAAACAUUUCCAAACAGCAAGGCACCAUUAAUGAGCUAACCACCAAGCUUUCCCUCUGCGCCUCAGCCACCGACGAUAGAAAGUACGACAAGGGGGGUUCCUGGGGCAAAGAAAAGCAAAAUACAAUGGGAGAUGUUCCCAGAGAUCCAAAUGACAGCAUCGACAGCCUUGGAAAAACAAUGCAGGGGCUCAAGGACCGGUUGGAAAACCUGGAGCAACACCAGAUGCGGGCCAACGUCUCAGGCGCCUCGUUCCCCAGUGAGCUCCGCGACCUGCUGCAGCGUCGCCUCGGGGAGCUGGAGAAACAGCUCCUGAAGAAAGUCAGCAAUCUGGAGGAGGAGAAGAGCAUGCUGUCCAACGCUACAGCUGCCUACCGGCUGAAGACGGAGAGCACGCUCAACGCCCUGGUGGAGAGGAUCAGUGAACUGGAGAAAGGAGGAGGAGACUUCAAGUCCCCAGAGCAGUUCAAGCUGUCCCUCCCCCAGCGGACCAACUACCUGUACGGCCGCAUCACCAAGAGCCUGCCAGAGAUGUAUGCCUUCACACUCUGCAUGUGGAUCAAGUCCAGCGCCACUCCCGGCAUAGGGACACCCUUCUCUUAUGGUGUACCAGGGCAAGCGAAUGAGAUUGUGCUAAUUGAAUGGGGCAACAACCCAAUAGAGCUGCUCAUCAAUGACAAGGUUGCCCAGUUGCCUUUGGAGGUACGCGAUGGAAGGUGGCACCACAUCUGCAUCUCCUGGACAACACGGGACGGCCAGUGGGACGCUUACCAAGAUGGUGCGAAACUGGGGACUGGUGACAACCUGGCAGCGUGGCACCCCAUCAAACCUGGGGGUGUCAUAAUCCUGGGGCAGGAGCAGGACGUGGUGGGCGGGCGCUUUGAUGCCGGACAGGCAUUCGUGGGCGAGCUGAGUCAAGUGAACAUUUGGGACCGCAUUCUGAAGCCAGCCGAGGUCCAGGCUAUGGCUAACUGCAGUUCUUAUAUCCCCGGGAAUGUGAUCUCCUGGCUAGCAAGCAACGUUGAAGUGUUUGGCAGGGGAGCAUUCAAGCGGCCCUUGGAGGUGUGUCAGGAGCGACUGCCCAAUGCUUAAAACUCAUCUGUCUCACCUCUUUAGAUUAGCCGGUGUUUCCAUCCUUUCAGCAUUUUUUUAUUGUCUGCUUUUUCUGUAAGGCAGUUUAUAGACUUAAUGUUAUACAUUGAUGUGUAACAACUUUAUUUUAUCUGCUUUGCACAGAGAGAUAUUUGAGAUUUGACACGCAGGUGAGAAAUGAAAUGGGUGCACUGACAUGACACAAAACUUUUUGACAAAUAGAUCUGUAGCACUGAAUGUGGGACCACACCAAAGUUCAAGUUAUUAUGUGGAGGCUGAACGCCAUCAUCGACUGGUGGCAAUCAGAGAGCUAUGUGUUCUUUCUUUACCAUGAUUAAGGUACUUCAAUGCUUCAAUACAUCCACCUCCAUGGUAAAAGGUCCCCUCAGGUAUCGGUGCUAAGACAUAAUAUACUCCCCCACAGCCGCCCACACACCCCUCCCUCCACACUCACAAGCUUUGAAGUAAUGAAAAUCCAGUCUAGUCCGGCACAGACGCACGCAUGUACCGCUACUACUACAAAUACACUGACCGACAGACUAGCUGACAGUUUGCCAUUGACAUGUGAGUUGGUGUUGCGUGCUGUGUAGGAGCGGGCAGUAGAAAAAAGAUUAAAGGUCUGGCUAAUGUUGUGUCUAUUCCUUAACUAAGGAAUGGGCUUAGAGCCAACAUCAAUCAAACGUCUGAUCCUGACAUGUUCACUCAUUUUUAAGGGGAGUACAACAGGAGAAGUACAAUUUGGCACUUUAUCUAUCAUGUGCCUACUGGCUGGUAGUUGGAGCAUGUGUGCAACAGACUUUGUUUCUCUUGUGGAAAUACUACUUACGUAUGAAUUAGCAAAAACUUCACCUUGUCGGUAAAAGCUUUAUUCUUGGCAUGCGUAACUGAUACCAGUGAUACUAGUGAGCUUAUCACAGUGCUUUUUUUCCUUGCCUUUUCCAUCUUAACAAAAACCUGUCUAAAUGGUGAAUCAUGUUGAAAAAUAUAUUCAUAGCAUCAAUGUUGUGAAAUAUUUUUACUUGUGAUUUGUAACAUUCAUAUGUGUAGUUUACUUUUCCAUUAUUUAGUGUCUGUGCAGAGAGUUUUGGGAUUUUUUUUAUGUAAUCUCUGUUUUUAGCACCUAAACAGUCAUUUUCCAUAUCGUCUUGUGGCCUUCAUAUGGAGACUCAAGUGCCAUUAAAUGUUUUCUAAGUGUUGGAAAUUGUUUUCUUUGCCAAUAAAUGAAAAUGUGGAAAAUAAAUAAUAAUUACUGCUGCAAAAUUAA